UGAAGCGCACUACUCCUCAGGAUUGGAGGAUUUAGCCUUAACUUUCAACAAUCCUGCCUUUCUGUCUCCCCCUUUCCUAACUAGAACGCUUCGCCUCUCUAAAGCGUUAAUAUUGCAUUCCAAGGAUUAAAUGAAACAGUGAAAAUAGCUGUUUUUAUACUUUCAUAAACCUAUCUGUAAGCUACAUUUUCAAAAGAAACAUCUGGGUUCCUAGCUUCUUUGGGCUGUAUUAAAGUUUUUUUUGCACUUGAGAACUGAUAAAAACUGUUUUGGAACCAAUCAAAUAUUUUUAUUGUUGUUUUUUUAAACAAUUUGUGAAUAGGCUACCUUUUAAAACUUUGCUUUCAUUGUAAUAUAUCGAAACCUUUUAUACAGAUUCUUUGUUACUUUACAGUUUUUUAAAGUUUAGGUUAUAUUUAGAUCAGUCACAACGCGUUAUCCAGCAAUGGCAGGAUUGAAUUCUUUGGACGCCGUUAAAAGAAAAAUCCAAACUUUGCAACAACAAGCCGACGAUGCAGAGGACCGAGCCCAGGUUUUACAGAGAGAGCUGGACAGUGAACGGGAACUUCGCGAGAAAGCUGAGGGGGAUGUGGCAGCUCUGAACCGCAGGAUCCAGCUGGUGGAGGAGGAGCUGGACCGAGCCCAGGAGAGGCUGGCCACUGCACUGCAGAAGCUGGAGGAGGCCGAGAAGGCAGCUGACGAGAGCGAGAGAGGCAUGAAGGUGAUCGAGAACCGGGCGAUGAAGGAUGAGGAGAAGAUGGAGAUCCAGGAGAUGCAGUUGAAGGAGGCCAAGCACAUCGCAGAGGAGGCUGACCGCAAAUACGAGGAGGUUGCACGUAAACUGGUGAUUCUGGAGGGGGAGCUAGAGAGAGCUGAAGAGAGAGCAGAAGUGUCAGAACUUAAAUCCAGUGAUCUGGAAGAAGAGUUGAAAAAUGUCACUAACAACCUCAAGUCUCUAGAAGCUCAGUCUGAGAAGUACUCAGAAAAAGAGGACAAGUAUGAGGAGGAAAUCAAGGUGCUCAGUGACAAGCUGAAGGAGGCGGAGACUCGUGCAGAGUUUGCUGAGAGGACAGUGGCCAAACUGGAAAAAUCCAUUGAUGAUCUGGAAGAAAAACUGUCACAUGCCAAAGAGGAAAACUUGGGAAUGCAUCAAGUUCUGGACCAGACACUGCAGGAGCUUAACAGCUUAUAAAAAGAAAAUGGAAGAGGGAGCUGAAGAAAAUUCUAGCCACAUUCCACGGAUAUCCAGUUUCAUCCCACAUAUCUGUUAAGUCUUAUACCCAGGAAAAAGAGGGGAUAUGUACCUGUAACUGCAGUUUUUCUUUUUCAAAGUCACAGCUUUCUUUCUGUAAUAUCUCCACUGAAAUGUAGAAUAUAUUCCAUCCCCCCCCCCCCCCCCCCCCACUUCCUCCUAACAGAUGUUUACAUCAUUUUGUUUUUGUUUUGUUUUGUUUUCUGGAGAAUUUGCGUUUACAGAGCAGCACAUACAGCUAAUUGGGAUGUGUUUACCAGUGAUGGUGAGAAUGUAGGGCAGCAAUUGGAAAGCAGAAACACUUCAGUAUCAGCUGCUGGUGAUAUAUUUUGACAAGCAGUCGAGUCGUGUAGAUGGUUCUUCAAACUGAGCAUGAUGAAUCAGAGGGACGUGGAAGGACAUUGGAGAAGUCUUGCAAAAGAUUUUUUUUAUAACUUGUGCAUACCUCGUCAGGACGGAAAUGAGUCCUUUUUGUAUAGGCUCUGGAUUUGCCUGCCUACACUUCUUUUCCAAGGUGUCUUUCAGUCUCACUCAUUCAUUCAGAACAGUUCUGCAUUUCAGUGUCUAUGUUCUAAAUCUUGGUGUUAUAUGUGGGGAAAAUUUUAAAGAUAUGGAACCAAAAACUACAGCACUGGAAUCCCAAUUUAGUAAAAAAAAAAAAACUGAUGCCAAUUGUAUAUAGUAGAUUGAUGCUGGUUGUCCAGAAUUGAAGCAUAUUUACUUCAACGGCUUUUGACCACUGUUUUGCUGGGGGACUCUCAAAACCAAAGUAUAAACUCUGCAUUCUAAAAUGUGUGUUUUUGUCUGUGUUUUAAUGUUUAAGUGAGGAGGCCUCUCGUUAUUUGGCCACGGAACAACUGCUUCACAUUUACCUCGCUGAACCUGUAUUAAACUGUCUCACUUUCCCAGCUUUCAAUCUAAUAAAUUUUUAU